AUGAGCCUCGCGCCAGGACGAAGCAUGUCUUUACUGGGCGUCAACCCUUGUAUAAACGUGUCCGCCCCGAUUGCUCUCAGCUUCGCCUCGGCAACUAUUUGCACGUUACUUUCCUUGAUUGCAAUAUUAGGGAACACCCUUGUCGUUCUUGCCGUUGUGCUCGACCCAAACAAGAACUUAAAAUCUCCAUUUAACUUGCUCGUUGCUAACCUCGCCAUAGCAGACCUCAUUGUUGGAGCCGUGGUUGAGCCAAUGAGCAUCGAUUUUUACAUCCGAGAAGGCUUGGAAUUAAACCCUGUGACGUCACUUAAGCCUCAAGUGCGGAGAAUUUGUUAUUUCAUCUCGUGCACGGCGUCUGUUUUGAGCAUGGCGGCCAUCACGGUCGAUCGCUUCAUUGCGAUUGCGCACCCGAUGAAAUACAGGGCGGAACUUAGCCGAAAGAAAGUUCUAGUAGCUUCCAUAGCACUAUGGGUAAUCUCUAUUCUAUGUCCAUUUCUCUAUCUGUCCGUUGGUUACAUUCAAUACCAGUUUUUCUUCGCAAACACUGCGGUUCUGGCCACCAUGGGUGUUCUUCUCCUUACAUAUGUCAAAGUGUACAAGGAAAUGCGACAUCAAGUAAAGGAAUGGGACAAGUAUCACGAUGGCUCAGCCGAGAACAGGGCAAAGAAGAAUGCGAUUAAAUGGGAGCGAAAAGUCACGAAAACUUUUCUCAUUGUUAUCGCAAUUUUCGUCGCCUGCUUUCUACCCGCACUCAUCUUAAUCUACAUCAUUAAUUUCUGUGAGAAUUGCCAUUGUUUGUUCAUUCACGUUGCGCGUGACGUCAACUACCUUCUGAUUCUUUGUAACUCAAGCAUUAAUCCGUAUUUAUUUGGCUGGAAACUGCAGACAUACCGUAGCGCGUUUUUUAAGAUUAUGUGUGGCCAGAGGUUUGGGAAUAGAGUGAAUUCAAUCUCGGAUAGCUUGUCGAAUGCGGCGAACUUGCGCACUGCAGAAAGUACUGGUCCGGGUAAGGUACGUUUGGCUACACAUGGCGUCAUCGGCUAAAUAUACUGUUACGAAACAAAACAAGCAGGCCGUAGCUAAGGGUGCAGGGGGAAUUUACUCCCCCCUUCCCUGUACAGUUGGAAUUUUAAUAAGAACAUGCCUGUAUCGAGAAAAUGUCGCUCCCCCGCCCUCAAGCAACAUUCCCUGAAAAAAGGGACAUAUUCGCGUGGGACAUAGGCGUUCCCUGGAUUAGCGAGAUGGAUGAUAAACGAUUUUAGUCAUCAGGUUUUCUUGCUGACUUUUCGUUACGAGUCCCUUGAAGGGGUAAGCAUUUUACAUUUUUUUUUCUGGGAAUGUGUAUAGGCGAGAACUUCAAUAAUAGGCAAACGAAGGGCGAUUACUACCCGAGGCUAUCACAAUAACACUUUUUUUUAGACUAAUAGCCUACGAAGAAAGCGUUUUUGUUGGUCUCAGCGAAGAGUUCUAUAAAGUGUAAAAUUAGAAAGGAGGAAUUGAAAGAGGUGUAACCUACGUGCUUUUUUUGCGUGACACCAUGCCACUCGGAACUACUGUCACUUACCGUGACGCACUUGGCGAUAACAAACAUUUGGGCGAUAAUAAAAUUGUCCGCAUAACAAUCAAUCUCAAGCUAGAAAUCAACAUAAGGUCGAGAAUGUUUGUUGAACGCCUCUGCGAAACUAAGGGCUGCUAACGCUCGAAGCGUCAGCGCAACUUCUCUCUUUCGCAGAGGCGUUCAUUAUACUUUCUCAACCUUCAGCAUAAGCAGAUUAUCUAGUUUUUCUACAGCUUGUCUGUAGUCUUUCUAGUUAUUACUAUUCAGUCAAUUUCAAGGUAUGGUGUCACGUGAUGGGCCGUUUUUAAGAUAAUGGGGGUCCUGUGAAAUCUUAGCGCGAAGGCAAGGCGGUGUCAUGUCGGGGUUAAUAUUUGCAGCUUUUUUCUUAAAAAGAUAUUGCAUGUAAUAAGGUGUUUUAGCUUCAAGCUUUUUUGGCAAAACGAGCACAGAAAAAGAAUGUGAAAAUUGUUGACCGUAAACGAAAUAAAAGCCUAUAUCGACACAAAUUCGAGUUUUGCUUUUUUAAAGGAUUUCCUACACACCUUGUCUCCUACGAAGUGGUUCUUACCUACGUCAUGCACUGCGCAGCUGAGCUCAAGCGAACAGCGUGACGUAGAACAGAACGAAGGCACUCUUUUUCUAUAAGAAAGUCAAAUUUUCAGUUGAGGCUGGGCCGUUCUUAUUUCUGGAUCAUUUAAAGGCUGAAAAUGCUUUUAGACGAUAUUCUUAAAUUUUAGUGAAUUUAAAAAGAUAAAAUACUCAAUGAAUUAUUAGGAAGAGGAUAACAAAAAUGAUUAAUAGCAAAUAUAUAAGGUUGUUAUUAUGAGCACAAUUAUCUUGUUAUUCAUUUUAGAACGCAUCAGAACUAAAAAGCAACAUUUUUUCUGUUCUGUGAGCCUUAACAUGUUCUUAGAAUUCGGUGAAAUCUCGCUUAUGUUUUUAUUAAAAAGAUUCUUUAUGAAUUAAGAUUGGACGUGACAGCGCUGCACCUGCUUUUUAAGUUAACUUGUAAAUUUUGUAUAAUGGUUUUGCUGUAUCCUUGAAUAUUUGUAAUUCAUCAUAACCAUAUUCAUUUACACUAUUGUCAUUUCUUGUAAAAUAAAUAAACUUAAAGAUAAUGGCGGUAAAAA